CAUCACUAAGGCAUCACAGAAAACCAACCGACCCUAGCUUGACAUCAUAUUUCUUUUUUCACUUCUUUAUCAAACCUGCGUAUUAGAUUGCCUUGAAUCUCACUAUGGCAAUUACCAAGCCUAGAUCUAACAAUAAAUACAUGAUAGGAUGGAUCUGCACGCUACCAACGGAGUGGAUGGAGGCGAUGGCUAGGUUGGAUGACACACAUCCUAGCAUCGAAAAGCCCUUGAAUGACACAAACAAUUAUAUUAUGGGAUCAAUAUAUCGCCACAAUAUUGUUAUUGCUUAUCCGCCUAAUGAGGAGAUCGGUAACAACUCCGCCGCAGCGAUGGUUGCCGCUCGGAUGAAAUCCACCUUCCCACAAAUGAGAUUUGUGUUACUGGUCGGCAUCGGCAGCGGUGUUUCGUCCAAAGUUAGCCUCGGUGAUGUGGUGGUCAGCACAUCGGUGGAAGAGGAACCAGGCUUGGUCCAAUGGAGCAUGGAAAAGGUCGAGGGAAACGACCGCUUCGAACGCAUCGGAUCGUUGAAGCAGCCGCCUGCCUCGCUUCUUACGGCCCUUACAAAACUGCAGAAGGCAGAAGAGCUGUCUCGGGCUAAAAAGCCUGAAAACUUCGAGCCAUUGCUGAAGAAGCGACCGAGGUUGAUAUCCAAAACUUUGCUGUGGAAUUCACUUAAAUCAACAUUGGGUAAAGCAGACCACAGCGACGUCAAUACAAGCACUACAGGCGAUGAAGGCGAUGGCGGAGAGGAAGAAAAUCGUAGGUAUCCGGUGCACUUUGGCAUGAUUGCGUCGGGCAACCAGGUCAUCGAGGACACUACUCUUCGGACAAAGCUCAACGAAGACAUUGGUGGAAAGGUUCUCUGUGUCGAGGUGGGAGCGGCGGGACUGGCCAAAAUUUUUCCUUGUCUUGUCAUCCGGGGAAUCUGUGACUAUGUUGAUUCGCAUAACGCGGAUCGGCAAAGAGAUGCAGUGGCUAACGCAGCGGACUUUGCGAAGAAUCUUUUGGAAUAUGUAAAGUCAAAGGAUGUUAAACGAGAGCCAUUAGCAAAGGACAUGGCGGACAAGGUUUCCGAUGGUUCUACUGGAAAUGAUUCGUCGCCAGGCGUUGCAGUCGAUGCGGAUAGAAAGUUGCAAAGACUUGUCCUAACGCUGGCGUUGGCACAAAUGCUUCGGGAAAAAGAGCAAAAUGACAAGACGCAGCAAUUACUAUCCCAGAAAGACAUUCAGCUAAGGGAAAUAGGGAAGAGCUUUCUAGUUACGAGAAGACAAAGACGAUUAUCCAAGCGAUGUAUUUCUACGCAAAAACGAUUACUCAAACUCCGGCAGAUUGAUGGCCUUGACCAUGACUGCAAACCAGAGGACAUAGACAUCUCGAGACUGUUCCGAUGGGCUGUCGAAGAUGGCGAUGCCGAAAUAGUUGAACUACUUCUCGAUGGAGGCACUGAUGCGACGGUCGUGCAUAAGGAUGGAUGGAUGCCAUUGCAUGCAGCUGCAAGUAAGGGAUAUGUCGAUGUGAUUCGGCUGCUGCUCGAAAGGGGCAGAGUGGAUGCUGACUCGAAGAAUGACGAUGGCUGGACUGCGCUUCAACUGGCUAUUGAGAGAGGGCAUGGAGAUGUUGUGCGGCCUCUGCUUUGGAAAUCUGCCAACAAAGAUGCGGCAAUAGCCCAAGUGCGAUGGUCACAAGAUAAUGUGGAAUUCGUGACCUUCUCACAUGACUUAAGAUUAUUAGCAUCAGCGACAACGGAUGGAAAUAUCGGACUCUGGAAUACAGUAAUCGGUCAUUGUCAAGAAACGCUCGAAGACCCAUGUCUAGAAACGCCCACUAUCUUUCAGCGUCGCAUUAGGUCAAUGGCCUUCUCGCAUAACUCAAAGCUCCUGGCAUCAGGAUCAAAUUGUGGUACUAUUAAAAUCUGGAAUACAAUAACAGGCCAGUACCAACAAACGCUCCAAGCUACUAUUGAAAUCUGGAAUUUGACAGCAGACCAGUGGCAACAAACGCUCGAAAGCUAUACAGGUAACGUCAACUCAGUGGCCUUUUCGCAUGACUCAAACCUAUUAGCAUCCGGGUUUGGUAGGAUGAUCGAAAUCUGGGAUCUAGCGACAGGCUCACGCCAAAAAACAUUCAAAGGCCAUGAACACUACACCAACGCAGUGACCUUCUCGAAUGACCUAAAGCUACUGGCAUCAGCAUCAGACGAUGGUACUGUUAAACUCUGGAAUACGACAACGGGCGAGUGCCAACAAACGCUCGAAGGCCAUAGCAUGAAAGCAUGUUCAGUGGCUUUCUCCCAUGACUCAAAACUAUUAGCAUCAGGAUCGGAAUAUGAGAUUAACUUAUGGAGUAUGACAACAGGCCAGCGCCAAGAAAUACUCGAAGUAUAUGAUCGAUGUGCCCUGUCAUCGGCCUUCCCACAAGGCAUAAAGCUAGCGGCGGCAGGGCUAUAUAAUUAUGACACUAUCAAAGUCUGGGUUGUCCCAAUAGAUAUCCUUCGUGUCAACAUGGAGAAACUUGAAUUUAAACAGCUUUGAUGAAUUAAAAUGCAAUUAUUUCACGCGUUGAUAUGACUUAU